CUGUUCCACUUCCGGCCGGGUGGCUCUCCUCAACACACACUUGACUGUUGUCCUGUCCUUUUACCAAACAUGGCAGCAAACAGUUCUUACUCUAUUGUCGAAUAUUUCGGUGGGGAUGACGGUUAUCGAUGCGGUUACUGUAAAAACGAGAAGGGAAACUUUUCUCACGGUAUGUGGUCUCAUGCCAUGACAGUUCAAGACUAUCAAGACCUCAUAGACAGAGGAUGGAGAAGAAGUGGAAAAUAUGUUUACAAGCCUAUAUUGAACAAGACCUGCUGUCCUCAGUAUACUAUCAGAUGUGAUCCUGUGAAAUUCCAGCCUUCCAAAUCCCAUAAGAAAAUACUGAAAAAGAUGAAUAAAUUUCUUUCUAAAGGAGAAUUACCAAAAGGACCCGGUGAACCUGGGGAACCAAUGGACUCAGUGUGUGAAGAAUCAGGUGCACGAGAACCGAGUAUAAAAAUGCCAAAGUCUGCUAUUACAGACAUUCCAAAGGAAGCACUGGAGUGCCCGGCUAUCACAGUAGUUAAGAGGAAUGAAGCAGACACCACACCUACUGGGUCAGAACUAUCCAGAGGAGAUCCAGGCUCUGUCUCAGAUAGAAAAACAACUCCAGCUCCUAAACCUGGUAAAGGAUCAGAUCCCAACCGACCCCCAUGUCGGAAAGCCAAAGACUUGAGGAAAGAGCGGCGUCAUCAGAAGGAGCAGUUGAAACAUAGCAUUGUUGGGGUUUCUGCCACUUUGACCACAAGCUACCCUCCUUCUACCCUGACCAACCAGCCCAAAGCUUUGGAAGAUUUCCUCACUGAGACGCUUGCUGACAGCUCGUCUCAUUGCCUUGAGGUGAGGCUAGUGCGCUCCAAUCCCCCUUGCCCGCAGUUCAAAGCCUCUUUCGACGCCUCCUACCAGGUGUACAAACUCUACCAGAUGGCCGUUCACAAGGACCCUCCUGACAAACCCUCCGAGAGCCAGGUGAGGCUCGUAGCAGUCAGCUUUGAGGACCCACAAUUCACUGCAUCCUAUGAGCAGUCUGUGGCGCUGUACGCUCGCUACCAGAUGGCCAUUCAUGGGGAUGACCCCAGCGCAUGUGGUGAGAGUGAGUUCCGGCGAUUUCUCUGCGAUUCUCCAUUAGAGGCAACGUAUUCAGCUGAUGGGCCCGAGAUGGGUUAUGGCUCCUUUCACCAGCAGUACUGGCUUGAUGGCCAGAUUGUGGCAGUGGGAGUGAUCGAUAUCCUGCCUACCUGUAUCUCGUCUGUCUACCUGUACUACCACCCAGACUUUGCCUCCUUGUCUCUGGGCUCCUACUCUGCUCUCAGGGAGAUUGCUUUUACCAGGAAGCUACAUAAACAGUCCCCCAAGCUGUCCCACUACUACCUGGGCUUUUACAUUCACUCGUGUCCCAAGAUGCGGUAUAAGGGACAGUACCGACCUUCAGACUUGCUCUGCCCAGAAUCCUAUGUCUGGGUACCCAUUGAGCAAUGCCUUCCACAUUUGGAGAGCUCCCGCUAUGCUCGUUUCAACCCAAAUCUUGAUGAAGGAGAUGCCCAGGUCCUGAAAGAUGUGGGCAGAAUUCUGGUGCUACACAGGCGGACCGUCAUGCCCUACAAAGUCUACUCCAGAAAGCGAAAAGGCUCUUCAGAUGAGACGGAGGUUCGGGAGUUUGCUAGCUUAGUUGGCCAGAACUGUGCUGAAAGGAUCUUGCUCUAUAGAGCCUAAACCUGAAGAAUCUUGUAAAAUCCACCUCCCAGCAACAGUCUGUCACUUUACCCCCAUUUCCACUAAACAGUACAUUUACAUUUAGACAUGUUAUUUUUAUAUUAUCAGUUUAUCCUCUGUUGUGUACCUACAGUAUUGAUAUUGUGGAGCUAGUACAGUGAUUGGUUUGCUAAGUAGCAGUGAAAUUGUUAUUCUUGUGCUCUAGUAAACAGCCAGGAAAGAAGUAAACAUGCAACAUUGUUUCCCCUUUUCCACGCUUUUUUUUAAUAAAUAUAUAAUUCCACCUAAGAUCUAUUUUGCAACCGUUUCAAGAAAAGGACAAAACACAAAGGGAACUGCACCUUUUUUUAAAUUAUCAUCUAUAACAGGGGUCACCAACUUUUUUGAAACCAAGAGCUACUUCUUGGGUACUGAUUAAUGCGAAGGGCUACCAGUUUGAUACACACUUAAAAAAAAUUGACAGAAAUAACCAAUUUGCUCAAUUUACCUUUAAUAAAUAAAUAUAUAAAUACAUAUUAAACAAAUGGGUAUUUCUGUCUGUCAAUCCGUUGUACAUUUUUUUUCCUUUUACGGAAGGUUUUUUGUAGAGAACAAAUGAUGAAAAAAACAUUUAAUUAAACGGUUUAAAAGAGGAGAAAACAGGAAAAAAAUUAAGAUAAAAUUUUGAAACAUAGUUUAUCUUCAAUUUCGACUCUUUAAAAUUCAAAAUUCAACCGAAAAAAAGAAGAUGAAAACUACCUAAUUCGAAUCAAAUGAGAAAUUUGAGAAAUUUAAAAAAAUAAUUUAUGGAACAUCAUUAGUAAUUUUUCCUGAUUAAGAUUAAUUUUAGAAUUUUGAUGACAUGUUUUAAAUAGGUUAAAAUCCAAUCUGCAUUUUGUUAGAAUAUGUAACAUUGGACCAAGCUAUAUUUCUAACAAAGACAAAUAAUUAUUUCUUCUAGAUUUUCCAGAACAAAAAUUUUAAAAGAAAUUCAAAAGACUUUGAAAUAAUAUUUAAAUUUUAAUUCUAAAGAUUUUCUAGAUUUGCCAGAUUUUUUUUUUUAAUUUUAAUUCUAAUAAGUUAGAAGAAAUAUUUCACAAAUGUUCUUCGUCAAAAAAACAGAAGCUAAAAUGAAGAAUUAAAUUAAAAUUUAUUUAUUCUUUACAAUAAAAAAAAAAAAAUACUUGAACAUUGAUUUAAAUUGUCAGGAAAGAAGAGAAAGUGAUUUAAAAGGUAAAAAGGUAUAUGUGUUUAAAAAUCCUAAAAUCAUUUUUAAGGCUGUAUUUUUUCUCUAAAAUUGUCUUUCUGGAAGGUAUAAGAAGCAAAGUAAAAAAAUAAAUGAAUUUAUUUAAACAAGUGAAGACCAAGUCUUUAAAAUAUUUUCUUGGAUUUUCAAAUUCUAUUUAAGUUUUGUCUCUCUUUGAAUUAAAAAUGUCGAAAAAAGCGAGACCAGCUUGCUGUAAAUUAAUAAAAUUUAAAAAAUAGAGGCAGCUCACUGGAAAGUGCUGGUUUUCGAGCUAUUUUUAGAGCAGGCCAGCGGGCGACUCAUCUGGUCCUUGCGAGCCACCUUGGGCCCGCGGGCCCCGCGUUGGUGACCCCUGAUCUAUAAACUCUUUGUGAGACAAAAGCACGUUUUUCUCUUAACCUGGCGUUCUAUAUGCAGGUAAUGCGAUUAAAUAAAGCAAGAGGAGGAGCUUUACAAACUAUAUUUUAUAACCUUGUCCUAAUGAGUGCCAGACUGGAGGCCAACAAACAUGUUAAUGAUCAAAUCGACACAUUUGCCUCCACACACCACAAGAUCAGGUGUUGGUGUUCCACAAAUGAAGUGUUUGGUGGAAAUGUGACUUGUCAGUCUCUUUACUCUUCAUUGAUCUUUCUGCUGCUUCGCUCUUAAUUCUUGCUCAUUUUCAUUUACUACAACUUCCUGUGUGAUCCUAUCAAUGUAGCCCUUCACCCACAGGCCUCACUCAACAGUUACUGUAUGUCUUUAUUAUACUUACUAGAUGCGACACUUGACUCAGAUCAGUCCUUCUCAAAGUCAUUUUGAUCCUGUGCACGCUGAACUAGUGAUAUUGGCAAUAGACACACAGAAGUUAGAAUGUGCUUGUUGAUGCUGCAUUGACACUGCUCCAAUAAUUUGUAAUGUGUAAAAGAACUUUGUAAUCCCCAACAUUGCAUCCCUAUGCGUUAAGCCACUAGGGGUGUAACGGUAUGACAUAAUCAUGUUUUAGUCUGUACCUCGCUUUUAAGGUCCCAGGUCAGUUCAUGUUCUGUAGUGUAGAGUAAGGCAACACAAUUAAAAACAUAAAACUGCUUAACUUUUGCAUUUUUAGAUUUUGUUUGAAGAAAAUAUCGUUGCAGACUCUGGUUUACAAUGUUACUGUUUAGGAUUGGGCAACAAUACAGUCAAAGUACAACAGUAACCGUUUGUCCUGAUGCAAUACUGACAUCAGAUAUCUAUCAAAUGUUAUCCAAAAAAGAAAAACAAGUGUUGGGUAAUAUCAUACCGCAUCUAAAAUCUCUGAUACAAAUAGUCCUCCAGUGUGUUUAUUUGUGAAAAGAUGGACAGCAAGUUAACCGCUAAAAUUCCUCCAAUAAGCACACAAUGUUGAUUUUUCCUUUUAGUGAGGUCAUUUACAACAGGUAAAUAUGGUAGGCUAUAGAUAGCUAGGAGUUAGCUGCUACAUAACAACUAUGCACACAAUAGCACACAAGCUAGACAUGUUAUAAGUGUCAUUAAACAAUAUUGCAAUCUAACACAUCACAUUUGUAAAUACAAACAAGUAUCAAAUAAUUAUAUAUUAUUCACAUAUGCAAAGUCUCCAAGGCAGAAAAUCAGAUUCGAAAAUAUCCAAUAACAAACGUGUCUGCGUCUUUCAACUUUUAACUUGACGAUUUAAUGUAACCAAUAGGUUGCCAAAAAUAAUAACACACUACUUCAAAAGUGGAAAUCUGUCAUAAAGUUAGUGUUUUUCAUAUCUACCAUCGUUCUCUGAGUAAUUUCCUGUGAUCAAACUUUUUCUGACAUUCCACACUACAUAAUAGGUGUGCAAUGAUCAGUGUUGAUAUCAUAUCGGGUUGAUAUCGGUAUUGGCCAGUAUUCAAGGAAUAUGAAGCUUUUUUAUUUUACUUGGUAUAAAAAGUAAAGUAAAAAUUAAAAGUUGUAUACCCUACACACCUCUAGUUUGAACAGUAUUUUAUUAUUUUACAAAAUACAAAUUAAUGACGGAAAAGGUUCUGGACUCCGAGCCAAGAGUCCUGCUAGUCUAAGGCUGGGCUGUGCUGUAAAUGCUUUUAGGCACACUCGUAGUUGGUACAGACAAAAACACAAUGCAUGUACUGUUAUACCCCUAUAAACCACAUUAUUACAUGUUUAACUGUCUGGCCUUGUAUUUAUACUCAUAGUAACAUGUUUUUCUUUAAAUAUCAAAUCAUUGUUUAUUAGUAACCCAAUAAAGGGCUAUUUUAUGCCUGUUGAACAA